AUGUCAAACCAGCAGGUAGACAUGGUUCUGUCAUUUUUUAUAGCCGAGGUGAGGAAUAAACAAGGAAAAGAAUAUUGCCCUAAGACAAUAUACGAGCUUGUCAUAGCACUCCAGCACUACCUUAGAUCUAAUGACAGGCAGGUAAACCUUCUAGAAAGUAGCGAUUUUGUAAAAAUGAGGUCGGUCUUAGAUUCAAGAAUGAAAGAUCUCUCAAGGCAAGGAUGGGGGCUUAAUAAAAAGCAAACUUUAAUUAUAAAUGCAGAACAGGAGGAUACACUGUGGGGAAAACGACUCCUUGGAAACGAUACACCUCAGAAACUUUUGGAUACCAUGGUCUUUUACAUGGGUUUGAACUUUGCAUUAAGAGCUGGCAUGGAGCAUAGGAAUCUGAGGAUCGGACCUUUGACUCAGAUUAAACUUCAUACCACCCCAACUGGACGUCGUUAUUUGGAAUACACAGAGGAUGUUUCGAAAACUUAUGCUGGUGGGCUGUACAAAAAGAAUGUGUCACCAAAAGUUACACGGGCAUACGAGAACGAUAACCAACCAGGGAGGUGUCUUGUGAAUCUUUACUUGGACUAUAUGAGCAAACGACCAGAAAAUGGAAAGUGUGAUGCGUUUUACUUGCGUCCUAGCAAGUCUGGUAAUGGUCCUGUUAGAGGAAAAUGUUUGAUGAUGCCCCUGUUGGAAUACAUAGUUUACAGCGUACUAUUGGUCGACUAUGUAAUGAUGCUG